AUGUCAACUCUGAUCGCAGUUACAACAGAAUUAGAUGAACGAGAACGAGAACCCCUUCUUCACAAUCCUUGUUCGCUUUCCAAUGAAGAAGAUACCGCCGCACCUUCAACCUCAUCCUCCGACGCACCACCACAGCCAACUCAACGCCUCCUUUCUCUCGACGUUUUUCGUGGCCUUACCGUCGCAAAAGUAUCGAGCAAACCAACAGCUGCAAAGAAAGUCAUACUGAGGACUAUCAAACUAUUUCUUCUGGGGUUGCUGUUGCAAGGCGGGUAUUUCCAUGGACGCCACGAUUUAAGUUACGGAGUUGAUGUGAGCAAGAUACGCUGGAUGGGUGUGCUACAGAGGAUAUCCAUUGGAUAUCUCUUCGCUGCAAUGUCAGAGAUCUGGCUUGUGGACGGUAUUGCAGUCGACUCAUCUAUGGCUUUUGUGAAGAAAUACUACAUUCAAUGGAUGGUUGCUUUCUUCUUUUGCACAUUUUACAUGUGCUUGCUGUAUGGCCUUUAUGUUCCAGACUGGGAAUUUGAAGUUCCAAAUACAGAUCUGUUUGGAUACAAACUUGAUACUAAAAUUGUGAAUUGUGGAGUGAAGGGCAGUCUUGAGCCUCCUUGUAAUGCUGUUGGCUUGAUUGAUCGAUUUAUUCUCGGUGAACAUCAUCUAUAUCAGCGUCCUGUGUAUAGGAGAACAAAGCAAUGUAGCGUUAAUUCUCCUGACUAUGGAACUCUUCCACCAAAUUCACCUGGGUGGUGCCUUGCUCCAUUUGACCCAGAGGGCAUCUUGAGCUCUUUGAUGGCUGCUAUUACAUGUUUUCUUGGAUUGCAGUUUGGUCAUAUACUUGUUCAUUUUAAGGUUGAUGUCAAACAUGUUAGAAAGCCCACGAUGAUACUUCAGUGGAUGGGAAUGAAUGCACUCAUCAUUUAUGCAUUGGCUGCUUGUGACCUUUUCCCAGCAGCCAUUCAAGGUUUCUAUUGGGGUUCACCUGAAAACAACCUGGUUGAUGGCACAGAAUGGUUGUUCCAAGCUAUGUUCCAUUCAAAGAAGUGGGGCACCCUAGUUUUUGUAAUUGUGGAGAUUUUAUUCUGGAGUCUUGUCGCUGGUUUCCUCCACUUGAAAGGCAUAUAUCAGAGAAUUAACGUUGCUACAAAAGUUACAGGAGUGCACAUGGCCCUCGCCCCUCGGCACCUAACCAAGGGGAAAAAAAAAAGCAUGGCAACUGAGAAAGCAAAUGUUGAGGUUUCGGACACCAACAACGACAACCACCAGAAUACCUCAACGCAAACCUCAGUUAACAGCGAGACACCGUCAUCAGCUGUACCACGCUUUGGAAAAGCACUUGCACACAGAGCACUUUAUGGUUCUGGCAGCCGCCACGGUGGAAGCAGAAAGGCCAGGACCAACGAUGCGAAAACAUCACCAAGCAGGCUAAGCAAGGUUUCACUAGCUGAUCACAGAGAAAAUAGGGAAUGA